AUGUCCGACGUGCCAUACGGCUUCAGUAAGCUCGUGCACGAGCGCAACGUGAUACAUCGUGACAAUCCGGAAAACUUGCAGCUGGGGCACGGUGGUGAUCUGAAGAUUGCCGAUUUCGGUUGGUCCGUGCACGAGCCGACCUUGUUCCGGACGACGCUGUGCGUUUCGCUCGGCUAUUUAUCGCCCGAGAUGGUGCAUGGUCAGCCGCACAUAAAAACUGUCGAUCUAUCGAAUUUGGGCGUGCUGGCAUACAAGCUGCUGUGCGGUAAGGUCCCGGUUUUGGCGACCACGUAUGAGGAAACGUACUAUAAAAUCAUGAAGGUGCAGUUUAAGAUGCCGCCAGAUAUGACGAAGCCGGCGGCCCAUCUGAUCUCGCGACUGUUCGUUAAGGAUCUGGCCAGCCGUAUGCCGCUGAAACAUGUUGCGUCCAUCCCUGGAUACUGCUGCACGUGCACACAAAAUAAAUAG